GCGUGUUGGUUUUGCGUCAUCAACAUUGCGCACAUUCUCUUGCCAUCUGGGAAGGCGAAUUUACCAGUUUCCGGAUAUAUCGGUGUUUUACAGCUGAUCUGAGAGUUUAUACGCAUAAAACAUGAUCAGAAACGGAAACCAUGCGGCGGAGGAGGAAGAAGACAGAGCAGAGAGCAGUUCCUCUUGCCGGGACGGGUCAGCCUGCAGCGCGGAGAAGAGGAAGAGGGUGAUCCGGGUGUGGUGUGACGGCUGCUAUGACAUGGUGCACUAUGGUCAUUCUAACCAAUUGCGGCAGGCCAAAGCCAUGGGAGAUUAUCUCGUAGUGGGAGUUCACACGGAUGAGGAAAUAGCCAAGCACAAGGGUCCUCCGGUGUUCAUGCAGGCUGAACGUUAUAAAAUGAUCCGGGCGAUAAAAUGGGUGGAUGAAAUCGUAGAGGGGGCACCGUAUGUCACCACGCUGGCAACGCUGGACAAAUACAACUGUGAUUUCUGUGUGCAUGGAGAUGACAUCACUUUAACCGUGGAUGGAAAGGAUACUUAUGACGAGGUGAAGAGAAUGGGCAGAUACAGGGAGUGCAAACGCACACAGGGAGUGUCAACGACAGACCUGGUGGGUCGUAUGCUCUUGUUGACAAAAGCGCACCACAGUAACAUUGAUAACGCAGCUUACCAACUGCACACGGAUAACUUUGGGAAGGGCCCUAAAGGUCAUAGUCCUUGGACUGGCGUCUCUCAGUUCCUUCAAACAUCUCAAAAAAUCAUCCAGUUUGCCUCAGGAAAAGAGCCAGAGCCAGGAGACACAAUCAUAUAUGUGGCCGGCGCUUUUGACCUCUUCCACAUUGGCCAUGUGGAUUUCCUAGAGACCGUUCACAAACAAGCAAAGAAGCCUUACAUCAUUGUCGGAUUGCAUUUUGACCAGGAAGUGAACCGCUACAAAGGGAAGAACUACCCCAUCAUGAAUGUUCAUGAGAGAACUUUGAGUGUGCUGGCCUGCCGAUAUGUUUCAGAGGUUGUGAUCGGUGCCCCAUACACAGUAGGCAAAGACCUCCUGGAUCAUUUUAAGGUGGAUCUGGUGUGCCAUGGAAAGACGAAGGUGUUUUCCGACAGAGACGGGACAGACCCGUAUGCAGAACCGAAGAAUCGAGGUAUCUUCCGUGCUCUGGACAGCGGUAACAGUCUCACCACUGACGACAUUGUGCAGAGAAUCAUUGAGAACAGGCUGCUAUUUGAGGCCAGAAACCAGAAGAAAGAAGCUAAGGAGAUGGCUGUUAUCGAGGCUAUGAAGCAUAAAGAAGAUUCGGUGAAGACCGGAGGAACUCAGACGAAUAAUUAACCGUACUGAACUGUCCGAACCGUACAAAUCGAGGGCUUCAUCUUAGAACCAAAUAAACGACCCCAGGACUGUUAAAAAACGUUUGGCCCACUCCAAAGCUUGACUUAAGACUUAAGCACUCUUUUAAUGUUUUUUAGAUGUCUAAACCAACUGCGCUUUUAAAUGAAGAUGACGGUGCAACAAGGACUAGUUUUAUAAAUCGUACGACUCUUAUUUGACGACAAAAGCACUUUGUUGUGCGGAGAGAGCUUUUAUGGUACAAUGGGUUGACGUAGACGUUCUUUCGGAAUGAGAGAGAAACAUGCAGCCAUUGAUUUGUGUUGUUUAUGAAUGUAAUGGGAAGAUUGUGUCAUUUCAAUGCUGUUUUCUUUUACUCGUGAUCCAUCGAGAAAUGUUUGAUGCAGUUUGACAUAUUUCAUGCUUUGUAAUGAAUGUCAAGGCACCUUGCAAUAGUAGCAUGUGUUAUUUACUGCACAUUCAGAGUACACUGCUGAGAAAAUGUAUGUAACACUAAUGAAAUAUCUCUGCAUUGUAGAAAUGUCGAGUGACCAAUUCUGAAUGUUCCUGUUAGAUGCUGAAUGUUGGUGUGUUGUCAAUGUCCUCAGACAAUCUUUAAUCGAUUUAAUCCCAUCAGAAACCAGAAAUCAUACUGUAAAUAAUCAAAACACAUCAAAUAAUUGCAAACUAGAUUGCGAUUUUCACAAUAAAAAGUUUCAGAACCAUUUGAUGUCUUUUGUUUUAAGUAAGACAUUGUUGUUUAAGCGAAAGUGGAAUUAAAUCUGUACGAUUAUGUACCGAUGAAGGCGAUGUGGAUGAAAUAGUUAAAAGUGUGGAGACACUUGUGCACAUACUCUUUGCUUCUGAAUUUAAAUGAUCUUAUAAACCCCAUUGAUG